AUGGCCGACUGCUACAAACGGAGGUGCUCGCGGUUAAUUUUUACUAAAUUUCUGUUUAUUUCGGUAGUUGAAUAGAAAACUAUAUUGUCUUACUAUAUAAUGUAAGUCAAUACGCCUAAUGAAAACGUUAAUGUAUCCUGAAGAUGCCAGUUAACUUGGUUGAAACGAAAAAAGGAGUCGAAAAAGCAAAGUUUUCACUGUCCUUGAAUAGAAAUGCAACUUAUCUGAGCAACGAAGACCGACUUGCAGAUUCGAAAGAGAAAUCUGUGCCUGGCAAGUUCGGAAAUCACGGUAAUAAGGAAAACAGGCCGGCGAAGCGGCCAUUUAAAGGCACUUAUAACAAUACUUUGAGUUCAGCUAAAAGGCUAAAGCCACUUACUGAAUCACCUAAACUACCAGUAUUAAAACCUGCACCAGAAACAGAGCUGAUAAUACUGAAAGCGCCCGUGGCAAGCACUGCCAUGUUGAAUGGCCACCACAAUGACAAUCAGUAUGGGACGCAGCGCAAGAUACCCAUCGCCACCCUGUCUAACCUCGGCAACACUUGCUUUCUUAACAGUGUGCUCUAUACCUUGCGGUAUGCUCCAAGAUUCCUCCACAACCUCCACCAUCUCGUGUCAGACUUGGCCAGUGUGGAGCAGAAGCUCGGAAGCAUACGACUGAAGAGUUCCUCGCUCGGAAGAAGCGCGGCAGGUCUAGCUUCGUCCGGUGCUCGGUCCUGGAGUAGCAAGGAUCUGCUCUCGCUAGGACAGUCGGAUAACUGUUCAGAGAAGAGUAAAAUAAGGAUAGCAACGGAGAAACUGCACGAGACCUACCUUAACCUACGGGCAGCGGAGAGCAAGUGUUUUAACAGCAAUUCGUCAGAUGCAUCGCCCGAGCCCUUCGCAGCUGACGCCUUCCUUGCUGCUCUACGAGACGUCAACCCCACCUUCGAAGGCAACCGGCAACAAGACGCCCACGAGCUGCUGGUGUGCAUUCUCGACAACAUCCGCGAGACGUGCCGCGCGCUCAGCGACCGCGCGCGGUUACACUUGCCCGAGAACGGGGACAGCAACGGCAUCGGUCGGCAACCGAGUCUUGACGGUGACAGCAAGCCCGGGCUCGGCAACCUUCGCAAGUCGUGGAAGAAACGCAAGGACGGAAACAAAAGACAUUCUCCUACUGAAGACAGGGCGCCUUCUCCGGCCGAGCCCGACCAUAGGCCUGGGUGGGACUUCGUUGCUGACGACUUUGAAGGCACGAUGGUAGUCCGCACAAUGUGCCUCGAGUGCGAAGCGGUAACGGAGAAGGCGCAAGCAGUCCUCGAGCUGUGUGUGCCUGUAGGCGAGGAGGAUGCUCCCGACUCCGAGCCCUUCCGGGCCGCCUGCCUCACCAGCGAGUACCUAAGGGAUCAGAACAAGUAUUGGUGCGAACGCUGCCUCCGCUACAACGAAGCGCGGCGCAGCGUGGCGUACUCCCGACUACCUCGAAUUCUAGUUUUGCAACUGAAAAGGUUUAGCGGCGGCAUGGAGAAGAUCACGCGGCACGCGCCGACGCCAUUACUGAUGCCGUGCUUCUGUGAGGUGUGCGCGCACCGGCCACAGGAUCAAUCGCCUAACCACAGCUACGUGUUGUGGGCGGUGAUCAUGCACCUGGGGCAGUCGCUGUCGGGCGGGCACUACGUGGCGUACGCGCGCGAGGCGGGCGGCGCCGGCGACGCCUGCUCCCGCACCAGCGACGCGCCGCCGCAGCCCAGCUCCUUCAUGCGCACGCUGUUCCACCGCCCCAGGCAGCAGACACCCGGCUGCGCCGCUAAAGAGUGCUGCGUGCCCCGGCCGCGGCCCGAGGCCUCGUGGCUGGCGUGCGACGACGAGCAGGUGAAGCCCAUCUCCAACCAGGACUUCCACGACCUGCUCUCCGCCGAGCCCAAGGUGCGCUCCGCCGCCACGCCAUACCUGCUCUUCUACGUCAAGAGCGAAGACGGCUAGUGAAGAGGGUGAAAGGUUUAGAGUGUAGGUGGCCUAAUCGCUGUGCCAUACUCACGGUCCGUGCGCUCAAGGAAGCAGCUAUGUAGUAGGAAGUUGAGCUGUAAUAGAAUUAAAAUACGGCCAAUAUUAUCUGAGGGCCCCGUAGUGCUCUCGUCAAGACGAUAAAACUGUUGAGAAUUGCAUUACUCGAGAAAUUCAGAAGGGGAAGUGAAAUUUCGGGGUCGGAUAUAGGGGAUUGCGACUGCUGCUGGGGUUCUCUAAAAUAUUACAUCAACUUUAAAAGUAGAAAUGUCGAACAUUAGUACAAUUUCUCGCACUGAUUUACUACGAGUAAAAAAACAUACAACCAAAUUGAGAACAGAACCUCUUCCUUUUGGAAAUAUGAAAUCGGUUUAAAAUAAUAGGCUAGUCUUUCUCUGAAAAAUCCCAGUCAAAUGCGCUAACUUUCUGAUGACAACAAUUGGUACUAUUGGUACAUUACUAAUUUCUUAGUACAAAUUUUACAUUGAACUAUAUUCUAUUUUAUUAUAGUUCUAGUUACUGACAAGACAUACAAUAUGUAUGUAUGUAUAUUAUUAUUACACAGCUGCAUCCUUUCCGUAUGACAUACGCGAUCGUGAGUAAUGCUUUUAACAUUUUACUACAAAGCAAUGAGUAGGUACAUAGGCAGAGGUAUUGAAACUUGUGGUAAUUCUAAAGAGGUAAAAUUAAGCGGAAAUAUUCUUCUGUAAAUGUUUGAAAACAUAAUAGUUGAAAGGGGUUUGUACUAUCUUUAUUGGUGAAGGGACAAAAAUGGUUGGGUACACUGAAAUAAGCUUAGCAUAUAUGUAUGUUUGCUAUGGCAUAAGCUUGUAUACGCCACGUUUCUUUUAUAGUUCGUUUUUUUAGCAUUAGAAAAAGACUAGUCAGUAACUAUUACUUAUGAAAGCGAAAUAAUGUAAAUAAUCGUACAUGAUGCAUACUUGUCACAUAUUGUCAGUGACUUAUUUUUCAAAAGUGUUUUUUUUUAUAAAAAAACACGUCUAUAUUGUUAACCUUUUUUCUAAAGCUAAAAAAACGAACUAUAGAAACCCAAACUAAGUUAGAGGAGACUGGGAGACACCCUGUAGAAAGGUCAAUAAGGCUCGAAGCUUUGUAUUAGAAUGUUCGCGAUACAGGCAUCUGAUCAGAGUACGCUAUAGUAUUGUGAAGGCAACAUUUCGUUCAUUCAAAUAUUAUUUAGAUGCUUUAAAAGACGAUUUAGACUAGACAGAUAAUAACUGUCAGCCGUGAUAUUAUGUAGCUGAAAUAUAAGAUAUUAUAGAAAACGAUCAAAGUAUAUUGUAAAGUGUAUAUUAUAAAAGCAUCUCACUAUUUUCACUCGACAAUAUGGACUCGAAACAGAUUUCGGAUAUACCUUCCAUUGUAUACUGUAUCUUCAUAGAGUUUAUAAUAGUAUAGUUAGCUAACGCAAAUUUGGGGUCACCAACCACAUAAUUUCAUAUAAUUAUCAAUUUAAACUAUUUUUUUGGUUUAAAGGCCUGAACACACCGGGUGCCGGUGCCUAGACGUGCACGUGCGCGUGCGCUGAAAUAGAGCCGUGCACGCACACGUCACGCAAGCGGUGUGCCAUCUUUGAUAAGGAUUUGUAUAUUACAACGUUCAUGUGUACGUCUACGCACACGCACCCGGUGUGCCUUUAACCAUUGUCUUUAGUCAUUUUUAUCAGAGACACGUGAUUCAUAAAAACUGUCUCUAAAGAUGCAUUCAUCAAUAACGGCGUCACUUGGGCAAGGUCCAAUGUAUUUGUUUGUCACUUUGACCUCUUACCUAUCUCACAGCUCGCAAAGUGGCGCCGUGACCCAGUUUUUAUUUUUCACUUGAUUCUUAUUUUAAUCUUUAAAGCAAAUGAUAACAUAUGAAAUUAUGUAUAAGGUCAUUGUGGGGAAUUAUAUGUAAAGGAAGACCGUCUACAAGCGCUUUCGUCGCUUUUAACUCGUGCGUUUGUACACAAGCCUCCUAAGACUCACCAUAUAAAGUUUUAAAUAUUUUAAUUUGAACCUUAUGAAUUUAAAUUAGAACGGAUUUUGUUUGUUUUAAAAAGCAAUGAAUCAAAAGAAAUGCUACUUUAUUUGUUUCAUGAAAGAUUCAAAUUAGCGUGCAAGAAUAUGUACAUUAUAAUGUACAUUUAGUCUCAGGACGAUAGAUACCUACUCCACUUUUGAAAGACGGUAGGAGAGGCGUGAACCUCUUUCUGACGGUGUCUGAGCGUAUACAAAUACGAGAUUUCUCGCCGUAUGACGGUCUUCCCGACAUUAAAUUUUAUAAACUAGGUUUUCCACAUUGAUCUUAGUGUUCGGUGGAUUCGGGCCUAAAGUAUAUUUACACAUGUAGUGCAUAAUUAUUUUCCAUCGUAUUUGUCAUGCUACUUCAGUCAACCUCAGUACUCUAUGUAUGGAGACUGACUGAAACAGCAAGACACGUUUGUACGUUUCCGUGAAAACACGAUGGAAAAUAAUUAUGAACUACAUCUGUACAGUUGUGUACUUUCAAAUAUGCUUCGAACCAAGUGUUGUUCACGUUAUAGUACAUUCGACGUCAAAGAUAUGUUUACACUUUUCGCCUUAUUACAAAGGAGUAAGGUGCAAAAGUGUAAACAUAUCUUUGACGUCGACUGUACUAAGACGACUUUGUUCUUGGCGGCGUAUAAUAGUUCAGGCAGACAUAUUUUUAAACAGUUAGAUGAUUCCUAUUAUAAAGUUAACUUUUUCACCGCCAAAAGUACUAUAAAAAAAUGUGACGUUCUCCGCCAAAAGGAGCCUCGUGAGGUUUUGAUUAAGAUGAGUAGCAAUACUCGUAAGGAUAAAAGUUAAAUUCUACCAUCAUCUGUUAUUUCAUUUGGUUAAAAUAUUUAAGGCAAUAUGCCUCAUUGACAUUGGUACUUUUUACAUGUAACCAUAAUAACUAUUAAAACAAAUGUCGCAUGGCGGUGAAAGAGUUGAUAACGAUUGUUAGUGAUAUUAUGUCUGAAAAAUCGGCCUAUUUCCUUCCUUAAUACUAUAUUGUUGAACAGGUCUUGCAUACACAAUGAUUGAUCAAAAAAUAAAUAUGUUGGUAAACAUAUUACAAACGUGUAAUCAUAAUUGCAAAGCUAUGUUAGCUUUAAAUAUUAAAUUUUGUGUCGGUAUGCAUUUUGACGCUUCAUCAAAUAUAAUUACUGAAUUUUAGCAUACAGAACAGAAAGAUUAGCAAUUUCCAUUAUGAAUUACUGUUUCAUAUGUUUCACUGCAGUCUCACCACUCAUUUUAUGUUUUACAACUACUAACAUGUAAAACUGCCGCUGCGGCUGGAAGUAGCCGCUCAAGAUCGUAACAAAUGGAGGAUUCUUCUGCGAGCCCUUUGUCCCUAAUGAGGGAUAACAGGAAUGCAUCAUCAUCAUCAUCAUGUAAAACAUAAAAUGUUUAUUCAUUAUUACGACUCGUAAAACACGAUAAAGUCACUAAAAUAUAACAGUUGAACUUUGCGGAGGCUUAAAUAUCUCUCGUUCUGUAUGAUCUAAAGUCAAGGCAAAAUCGGGACUAAAUAAAGAAGUUUAAUUAUAUUCGCUUGAUUUAUAUGCAAAAUUUGACAUUUAACAUGUAUUUUAAAAAUGUAAUGAAGAAUUUAAAUAAUUAAUAAGGCGAAGAACCAAACCUAAAGAAUUUACCUUUUUCUGUCAAGUUUUAUAUCACAAAAUAGUUAUCAUGUUCUUAGUUUCGUUAUAAUUUAAAUUUUAAAGCUCUACGUCAAAACUAAUAGGACUAUAAGGUUUUUUUAUCCGAAUAUAAAAACAGUAAGUAUUACACGAUAAAUUAAUUAUAAAACAUGAAAGCAGAACAUGUACUUAUAACCAUUUUUGUGAUAUAUCACACAGAAUAUGUAUCCAGUUCAUAGUGAAUGCAAGAGCUAUAUGAAUUUUAAGAAACCGCUGCUUGGCUGCGCUCUGUUUUAGUGUCAGACCCUGUAAUAUUCAACUCACACCCGAUCUAAGGACCACUUUUUUUUUCUCCAUUGCCAAGUUCGGGUUAUAAAAACAUCCCUUUUUAACUUAUUAUCCCAAAUUAAUAUUAAAUCGGUAAAUAUAUUCCAUUCUAGCAGCCAGGAAGCGUUAUAUAUGCAAAUAACUAUAUCAAUAUAUUUGGAUGCAAUACAAGAAAUAUAAAAAUUGUUAAAAAUAUUACUCUUAUGUCACAAUUAUUGCGCACAGAUUAGUUUACGAUAUUUAUAUGAAGACUACAACGAUGUAUCGCAUGCUUGCUAAAAUAUGACUGCUUUUUUAACCAUUUGUAAUCAUUUUUGUGGCAUUAUCAGUUUUACGGUCACAAAUAUGAAUAGCUAAGUUGACUAUGAACUUCAAUUUGACGCGUAUUGUUUAUCUAAAUAAGUUUCACCAGGAUAUUUGAAAUGAUUUCUAAAAAUCAGUGUAUUAUUAAGAUCAGAAGUGAUAUUACGCCAUUCUGGUGCCCUUGUAUUACAAGUUAUAAUGCAGUGGACCCAAAUUGUUUGAUAUGCCCAUUUCUAUAUUUCCAAUAUACACACUGAAUAUUCAUUUGGCGAAAAGAUGACAGCUGCCCCUUAUUGAGUGGGAUAGUUAAUAUGCAUAAUUUAUAUACCCCUGAUACUAACAGAUAGCAGGGUCGUUCCUCAAAAAUAUCAUUCCCCUGGCCAUACAUAUCCGCAAAUUCCCAGAUGCCGCUAACAUCUAAUUUUUGGUGACUGCGUAAGCGUGUAACCCGUGCCAAGUUAAGCCAAGCGCGCACCACGAUUUUUUGUCGCGCGAUAAUUUAGUCGCAGAAAUGUAACGUAUGGGUUUAUAUGGCGGUGCGCGCAUAUGCGACAAAAAAAUCGCAGCGAUUUUAAAAUUGUGAUUUGUUACAUUUUUCCGCGACAGCGCGCGACGCGAUUGUCGCAAAGUGAAUUGCAGCAUACGAAGCUGUAUGGCCCCGCGCGCACUGCGAUAAUAAAAUCGCAGCCUGGACCUCAGUCGGCAUUUCGCUCUCCAAGCGUCAACAUAUCGGAACCUGGUUCUCCAAUGGAGUUACAAGAUGAGACGCUAGAUGUUGACCGUUUAAUUAUAGAAAUAGAAGGAGAUCACCUUUGUGGUAUAAAUACUCAGUCAUACAGCGAUUGCAUAUUGUUUCACGACAAGCAACUGGUACGACAUCCAUGUCGAGAAUGAACAAAUCGUCGACUUUUUCAUCGCAGUGCGCGCACUGAAUUUUCUGCGAUAAAUUACAGCGCGAUUCUAAAAUCGUGUCGCAAAAAUUAAAAUCGUGGUGCGCGCUUGGCGUAACAUCUAUAUCCAAAACUGCUGAGGGGAAUCUCCUGGAAAUUUGCGAACAGGUACCUACAUAGACUAGGAAUCCUCUAGACCGAGUUUAGAACAAUUAUUUCAAGCAACCGAUGAUGCCAAAAAUGCGAGGGUGCGCGGGACGAGGUGUGCGAAGUCCCGUGCCAUGAUUGGUCCGUUCAAAGACAAGGACACUUUCGACUCGAACAUGGAGUAAAAUUACCAUAUGCGUGGCAGAGGAGGUAGCCCGACUAUGCUCAGUCUGGAGGAUGUUUUGUCUGUGGUAGCGCCUCUCGGCAAGUCACGCAUUAUAAUUUGUAACACAAUUUUUUUUCGGAAAUAUUAACGAUAGCAAUUUUUUUCCAGAAAAAAUAUUAGGUAUAUUGAAUCAUUCUGACAUGUGUUUUGCUUCACUAACUCGCUUACGAGUUCUUGAAAGUCAUUUUUAUUUGACAUCUUUGUAUACUUUUAAUGAAUAGAAACUAUUAUUAUGGGUUAAGUUUCCUGUAGUGCUUGUAGGAAUAUCUAGUUUAUUUGAAUGAUAGUGCCAUUUAUGUAUCGUUCCAUGGAAAGGUACUAGCGCGACUCAUUAGUCGCAUUUUUCAAGCUUUGUUUUAAUAACAUUGUAAUAUUUGUAAUCGUCAGUUAGCCAAGGGCCCCUUUCGCGUGGAACGACACGUAUUCGGGUUACAGUUGGCGGUUAUAUUCGUAAUUUUAACCGAAUGAAGUUGAAAUAACUCAUAAACCUCUAUGGGACCUUACAAAUAUCCAGUGAUAAUAAUAAUUAGAACACCAUUAUCAUGAUAUCCAUACAAAAUUAAUGUAUGAGUAUUAAACUAAAAAACAGUAUUAUAAUACAAUAUUCCAAGUUUCAUUCAAAGCGCACUCGUAUAUUUUUGAUUCCAUGUGCAAAGAGACAAAAGAUGUUUAUAUUCCAUUCAAAUUUCUACCUUAACCUAAUAUCCAUAACGUCUACAUUAUAUUUUUAGGCCGCUUGUUUGUAUCAAAGAUCCUUAAAUGGUGUUAAAAGAGAUAACUGAAUAGAACCCCUCUUAUUGUUACGAGGAAAUGCAUGAACUAUAUAGUUUUUUAUCCUAAGUUGUACCAUGUUGUAUCAUAUCUAUUAUUUAGGAGCAGGUACAAAAUUUGUACUAAGCUGUGAGCUUUUUUUAAUCAAUCUUUGUUUAUAUAAAGAAUUUGCUAUCAUUUAAGUAUGCUAGAUAAUAUUCUUAUUUUUUUACUAUACUUCGGUGAAUGAAAAUUAGUAUCAUGUGUCUGCUUGCAGUUCUAUGCGUACAAAUGCCUAAUGUAGGUACUAGAGGAAGAAAGCAAUAUAACUGCCUCUCGUUCUUGCAGAACUGCAGUCAGGUUCAUGGUAACUAGGUUUAAGGAUGAAUUAUUUCUGUUUGCUACCAAUCUCGUGUCUUAAAAUUCGAACAUUCCCAUUAGGCUGCUUUUACACGAGUGAAUUUUGCACGCGUCAUAGACAAUGUAAAAUUUCUCGAGUUUAGCUUGGCAAGCCAUUUCCGUCAGGAGAAAAAGGGGGCAAAUUGAAAAAUGUAGGCGCGACGGGUUGUCCGCCCAUAACAAAUUUGAAUUGCGCGCUUUUUUCUACUGACAAGGUUGGUUUGCCAGAGACGCCAGAGUGUACCUAUGUAGAACCUUUUUCACUAGAAUUUUGAUUUUUUUCUGAUUCUAGUAGGUACCUGAUUUUAAUUUGAAUGUACUUUAUUGUAUAUGUGUUAAAAUAACGUACCUAUAAUUUGUGAUAGUCUACUAAAAUUUAAUCUAAACGUUUUACCAACACCAAGGUGCAAUUCGGACCCAUUUAGAUGUUUUAUCUAAUCUAAAUUAAAAUUUUCACAAAUUACCUACACAUUUUAGAUUUAGGUACUUCAUUAGUAAUUUUGACAUGUGUUUUUUGACAUUAAACAUAUUGAAUUGAAUUUGAAAGUACUCGGGAAAUCCAUUAUUUAUUAUUCGUCUAUCUCCAUCUCUGUCAGUUUGUCGCUUGACAGGGAGUGAUAGAGAUGAACAUGGGCUAUUACAUUUGUUUCCUAUGUAGACAUCACAUUUUAUAAUGAUAUGAGAUUGUCCAAGUAAACAAGUUUUCUAUUGUCUAUAUACUUUGAUGGUUAUGUAUAAGGCAGCUAAAGCUCCCUUUAUAAUGUAUUAAUAUUACAAAACGCUACAAAUAUGUUGCUCAUGCCAUUCAAAUAUUUUCAGAAAGGUGAUAUUCUUGUCAGUAGCUGUAAUUACUGUUUAUUUAGUAUCGAACAAUAUGUUAUUUUAAUUGAUUUUUAUUGUAAAUUGGAUUUGGAAAUAAAAAAACAAU